UUGGAACACCGCUGAUGUGGUAUACCGCCCUCUCUAGUCCAGGACGCGCAAGUUCACAGAGGUUCAACAAUGGCGACUGGGAAGGUGGCAAGCUUAAAAACUACCAUUCUAGCCCCGCUGAAAAGACACACUGCAAGUGUAAUUUUUCUUCAUGGAUCAGGUGAUACAGCAGACGGUGUUCUAGAAUGGAUCCGGUCUCUGGUUCAAGAUGAUUUCCAGUUCCCUCACAUCAAAGUGAUCUUCCCAACAGCUCCUACAAGACCUUACACACCCUCUGGAGGUGCGCUGAGCUCAGUGUGGUAUGACAGAACAAGGAUAUCACCCAAUGUUCCUGAGCUUCUUAAAACCACUGAUCCUGUUUGUGAGCAGCUUGGAGCAAUCAUCCAGAACGAGGUGGAUGGCGGAAUCGACAAGCAGAGGAUUGUUCUGGGAGGAUUUUCAAUGGGUGGAGGAAUGGCAAUGCAUUUAGCUUAUCGGUUCCACCAGGAUGUCGCCGGAGUGUUUGCUCUAUCGAGCUUCCUCAAUGACAACUCAGUUGUAUACAAUGCCCUAAAAUCGAAGCCAUCGUCACCUCCACUGUUUGCCUGUCAAGGCCUGAGGGACCAACUUGUAUUGAGUGACUGGACAAAUGAAACCAUUAAGCAGCUAUCGGACUUGAAUGUAGAGUGUGACUGUCACACCUUCCCCAAACUAUACCAUGAGCUGAGUGCUCCAGAACUGUACAUGCUUAAAGACUGGAUUAAUAAGCGCUUGCCUGAGGAGAGUUGAUUUCAACAGAGGAAUUUAGGUGUCACAACAUUUGAAUUAUAAUAAUGAGGUCUUCUUUAUUGCCAGUAUUCACAAAAGUGCAGGCCUGAUAAUUCACAGAGGCAAUGAAGGCAAUUGCCUCCCUGUCCUCAGGUCAUUGCCUUGGUGUCCUUGAAAUGCUUAAGAAGAAAUUUACAAUUUCCUCAUAGGGUACCCUUUACCAAGGAGAAAAUACCUUGGUGCCCUGGCCCUAUCAAAUACGAAGCAUGUUUUUUGACUUGUUGAUAUUAAAACAUAUUUUUGAGAAUCAGACUUUACGCUUAACAUCGUGUAGGUUUAUAUGUUGUAUGCCAGUUACCCAACAAAAUCAUUUCUCUCAGCAAGUCGCAGAGAAAUGUACACACCCAUGUUCAAAUGAAGAGAAAGUUACAUACACUGAAGAAAGAAAUUCAAAAGAGACGUCACAUUUUGUGUAAUGAUUAGCGCGUAUCGCAUUGAGAAUCUAAUAUUGAUAUCAGAUUGUGAAGGGGUGAAGGUUUUGUCUGCUGCAGGAUAUGUUUUAAUCAAAGUGUGUAACAAUCUUGUCAAGAAAUAAGUGGAUGCUCUAAAGGAUAGAGUUUUGUGUUAAAGACACUGGAAACCUUUGGUAAUUGUCAAAGACCAGUCUUCUCACUAUGGUAUC